GGCGGGGCUGGUCCGAGCAACCCCCCACGCUCGGGGCUCGGAGGAGAAGAUGGGAAAACUCUGCGUGGCUCUCGGGAUCCUCGUGCUCUGCGCUGCUGGCGGCUGGGGGGGUAACAUCUGCACCACCCGCGGGGUGAACUCCUGCAAGCAGUGCCUGGCCGUGAGCCCCCUCUGCGCCUGGUGCUCUGCAGAGGUCUUGGCGCAGUCAUCCCCUCGCUGCGACCUGCACGCCAACCUCCUGCAAAACGGAUGCGGGCAGGAGUACAUCGAGUUCCCCACCAGCACCGUAACCAUCCUGGAGGACCGACCCCUCAGCACCAAGGGCUCGGGGAGCUCCACCACCACCCAGAUGAUCCCCCAGAAAAUACAGCUGAACCUGCGGCCAGAUGACUCCCGGAUCUUUCGUGUCCAAGUGCGUCAAGUGGAAGACUACCCCGUGGACAUCUACUACCUGAUGGACUUGUCCAACUCCAUGAAGGACGAUCUGAGGAACAUCCAGAACCUGGGCACCAAGCUGGCCAGCGAGAUGCGCAAGCUCACCAGCAACCUACGCAUCGGCUUUGGGGCCUUUGUGGACAAGCCCAUUUCCCCCUACAUGUAUAUCUCUCCUCCGCAAGCCAUCACAAACCCUUGCUAUGAGAUCGGGGAAACCUGCCUGCCCAUGUUUGGCUACAAACAUGUCCUGUCGCUCACGGACGAGGUGACUCGCUUCAACGAGGAGGUGCAGAAGCAGAGUGUCUCACGGAACCGUGAUGCACCCGAGGGCGGCUUCGAUGCCAUCAUCCAGGCCACCGUGUGCGACGAGAAAAUAGGCUGGAGGAACGACGCUUCCCACCUGCUCGUCUUCACCACGGACGCCAAGACCCACAUCGCACUGGAUGGCAGGCUGGCUGGCAUCGUGCAGCCCAACGACGCCCAGUGCCACAUUGACAAGGAUAAUUUCUACUCGGCCUCCACCACGCUGGACUAUCCCUCUCUGGGCCUGAUGACCGAGAAACUCUCGCAGAAGAACAUCAACUUGAUCUUUGCUGUGACGGAUACAGUCGUGGGCCUCUACCAGAACUACAGUGAGCUGAUCCCAGGCACAACUGUGGGCACCUUGUCCAGAGACUCCAGCAAUGUCCUGCAGCUCAUAGUGGACUCGUACGGGAAAAUCCGCUCCAAGGUGGAGCUGGAGGUACGUGACCUCCCCGAAGAGCUGUCCCUGGCCUUCAAUGCCACCUGCCUCAACGACGAGGUCAUCCCCGGGCUCAAGUCUUGCAUGGGGCUCAAGAUCGGGGACACGGUGAGCUUCAGCAUCGAGGCCAAGGUACGGGGUUGCCCACGGGAGCAGCAGAAAUCCUUCACCAUCAAACCCGUGGGCUUCAAGGACACCCUGACAGUGGUGGUGAACUUCAACUGUGACUGCUCCUGCGAGGGCCAAGCCGAGGCCAACAGCUCGUCUUGCAGCCAAGGCAACGGCACGCUGGAGUGCGGCGUGUGCCGCUGCAACCCCGGGCGCCUGGGCUCGCACUGCGAGUGCUCGGAGGAGGAGUACAGCCCCUCGCAGCAGGACAACUGCAGCCCCCAGCCGGGCCAGCCCCUCUGCAGCCAGCGCGGCGAGUGCAUCUGCGGGCAGUGCGUGUGCCACAGCAGCGACUUCGGGAAGGUGACGGGCAAGUAUUGUGAGUGCGACGACUUCUCCUGCGUCCGCUUCAAGGGCCAGAUGUGCUCGGGCCACGGGCAGUGCAGCUGCGGGGACUGUCUGUGUGACUCAGACUGGACCGGUGACUACUGCAACUGCACCACCCGCACCGACACGUGCAUGUCCAGCAACGGGCUGGUGUGCAGCGGCCACGGCUCCUGCGUCUGCGGCAAAUGCGACUGCACCCAGCCCGGCUCCUACGGCGACACCUGCGAGAAGUGUCCCACGUGCCCGGACGCCUGCACCAUCAAAAAGGAUUGCGUGGAAUGCAAGAAGUUUGAGCGGGGAAUGCUGGAAAAGCAGCAGUCCUGCAGCCGCAUGUGCCGCGACGAGAUCGAGACGGUGCAGGAACUGGGCGACAGGGGCAAGGACGCCGUGAACUGCACCUACAAGGACGAGGACGACUGUGUGGUGCGGUUCCAGUACUACGAGGACUCCAGCGGCAAGUCCAUCCUCUACGUUAUCGAGGAGCCAG